CGAAUCUGUGACGGCGAGCACGCUAAGACAACUCCUGAAGAAUGGCAACCCUCAACAGCACUCACUGGAAUGAGACUACGUCCAUUUCCCAGUAUCUGGGCUUCCAAGUGCAAAAAAUUUACCCUUUCCAUGACAACUGGAACACUGCCUGCUUUGUUAUCCUGAUCAUAUUCAUCUUCACUGUGGUUUCUCUGGUGGUGCUGGCUUUCCUCUAUGAACUGCUGGACUGUUGCUGCUGUGUGAAAAACAAGACUGUGAAAGACUUGGAGAAUGAACCCAAUCCUGUCAGAGCCAUGCUGAACAGCUUCAGGAAGCGUGAAACAGAGGUGGUGUAGGAGGGACUGAGCACCAGCACUUGGAGAACGUUUGACACCUUGAAUGAAGCCUCUUGUACCUUACAAAUGAGCAAGUCACGUGCUUUUUUGGUUUGGUCUUAAAUAUAACAGGUUGUAAUUUUAUCUCUGGAUGUGAACUGGAACAAUUGGCAAAGGCUUUCCAAGUGUUUAGCAGAAGGACAAUCUGUUGCAGUGUUAUGGGAGAAGAAAAGAUUUUUUGUUUUAAAUGAACUUUUGCUGUUUAUAUUGAGUGACUAGCAUAGAAUUUUGUCUACCUGACUGAAAAAGUGUUGCCUCAUGUGCAUAAAUCUGUGUUGCUUAACCAGAGAAAACGUUUAUAAAAAUGCUCAACAGUCUGAUCACACACAGUGCAAAGACACAGCAGUGCCAUCCCACCAAGUCAACUGCACAGAGACAGGACAGACAGACCAGGGGUGAGAAAAGACAUGGGAGAGAAGGG